AGAGUGUGUCUGGACUGCUCGUUUGAAAAAGACAUGACCGGUAAAGAAAUAGGGAGUCUGUCCUUGCAGCUUCGGUAUUGUUACGGAAUCAACAAAAGUAGUCCACACCCCUGUCUUUUGUCUGCCACAGGCGUCGGGGGUGAAACGCUGACUCACCUGCAGAAAGUAUCGGGCUUUGACGAAUGGUCGAACCGAGCGUUUUCUUGUACGGAAAGGUCAUUGGAAGAUUACUAUAGAGAUAACAUUUCGCAGAUUGUUUACCUUACCAGUGACUCGCAAAAUGUCCUGGAGGAUUUGGACAACGAGAAAAUCUACAUUAUUGGAGGGAUUGUGGACCGGAACCGACUGAGACGAGCAGCCAUUGAUCGCGCUGAGAGACUCGGUGUUGCAACGGCAAGAUUACCAUUAGACAAACAUCUUAAAGAGAUGGCUUCGACUCGUGUGUUGACAUGCAAUCACGUGUUUGAGAUACUCAUAAAGUUUAGAGAGCAUGGUAAGAGCUGGAAGAAGGCUUUGCAUGACGUGUUGCCGCAGCGAAAAGAAGCAAAACUGAUGGAUGGCGAAGACAGAGAAGCUAUUGAAGUGAAGGAAAUUAAAUAA